AUGAAUGCUAGUCAGGACUUUGAGUGGUAUGAUCAUUCCGCAACCGUUGACAAGCAAACAGCAGCACAAAACCAAUUGGCUGCUGCUACGCUAGAGAAUGAAGCGUGCAAUUUUCUUAUAUUUGUCAACGCAAAGAUACAAACUCGGGCAGGGGAGCAACAAGAAGGCAUGAAGAUUACGCUGGACGAGCUUCUUCCACCGACGCAAAAUUCUCAGAUUGUGGGUGCCCAGGCUCUUCUUCACGUGCUGGCAUUGGCCACCAAAGGAUUACUUGAAGUGUAUCAAGCGGGACCAUUUGGGGAGAUUGAGAUUGCGGUUGUCAACCAUUGA